AUGGUAUCUGAAAUCCCUAAUUUUGCAAAUAUUGAUGAUUUUGUGAAUGGUUUCUUCCCUAAUUUUGCAAAUUCUCUUUCAAAUUUUGAUCCGCGAUUUACACUGGUUUUAUUGUCUAUGGUAUCUGAAAUCCCUAAUUUUGCAAAUUCUGAUGAUUUUGUCUAUGUUGUCUCUAUGCCAUUGAAUGGAGAUGAUAAUGUGGGAGUGCCUAUCAAGUUAUGGUUUCUUUGUGUUGGUUCUUGUUUUGAUCCUAUUAUUAGUUGUCUGUGUGUCAUUUCAAGGAUAUCAGAAUGUGGGAAUGCCGCCUAUCAAGGUUCAGUUAUUUUUCCUGUUUUUGUGUUGGUUCAGCUUUUGCUCCUAUCAUUAGUUGUCUAUGUGCUAUUGAAUGUUGAUGAGAAUGUGGGAAAGGCUAACAGGCUUUUGGUGUUAUCAUUAGUUGUCUAUCUUCCAUUAAACGGGGAUGAGAAUGUGGGAAUGCCUACAACAUGUCUUACAGUGAGAUGUGCAUUGUUUGGGGAUUAUGUUAAUCAAGUAAAUCAUUUCCUUGCCUCUGGGUAUGUGGAGCAGCCUGUUGUAGUUAUUCAACUUGCAAAAGUCAAGUUCUUUCGGGGUCAAGUUGGUCUUCAAAAUGUCAUGUAUGCGACACAAAUGUUAUUUAAUCCUGAUAUUCCUGAAGUUGUUGACUUCAGGCAGAGUAUGAUUGAGCAAGGUGGCAGUGGUACCCAGCCACUGUUUAUUGCAAAUGAGGGUAAGGUUCUCUCCUUGGAAGAUGACUUCAUGCGUCUAACUAGAAAGUGCACUAUUGAAGAGCUUCAAGAUAACAAUCAGGAGGGUUCUUUUAUCAUCUUUGGAGCAAUCCAAGGUAUUGUUGAGGAUGGAGGUUGGUGGUAUUCUGCUUGUGUGUGUGGAAAGGGUAUCCAUCCUCAAAAUGGUGCCUAUUACUGUGAUUUUUGUUUGAAGCACAUAACUAAUGUUACUCCAAGAUUUAAAAUUAAAGUGACAGUUGAAGAUCAUACUGGGGAGGGUAUUUUCCUUCUCUUUGAUCGUGAGGCUUCCUAUUUGCUUAAGAAAUCAUGUGCUGAUUUGUUUACUGAAGUUCAAAGAGAUGCAAGUGUUAUAUGUGGGGAUACUUAUCCUCCCAUAUUCCAAGGGCUGAUUGGAAAGAAGUUGCUGCUCAAGGUUGAUACCAAAGGUGUCCCACAUGAUACAUUUUAUGGGACUUUCCGAGUUACGAGAAUUUGUGAUGAUUGCACCAUCAUUGCGAUGUUUGAACUUCCCAAUUAUGAUGCUGAUGAUGAGUCUUCUCCCAAAAAGGAGCAUGACUUACACAAAUCUGUUCCUGCUGGAAAAGCUGAUGUUGGUAUUAAGAAGGAGUCUUCUGAUAGUUUUAUCAAAACUGAGAAAGAUGUUGGUGAUUGUGCUGGGAUGUUGUGUAAAUCCCCAGUUCUUAUAGAUUUUUUGGCUGAAAAAUAGCCUGUUAUUUCUGUGGGGAGUGAAUUUGUUGGGUUAAUUGAUGGUGAGCAUGGAAAGGAAGAGAAAACUCCCAGCAAUGAUACUCUUAGUGAUGAUCUUUCUGCUGAAAUCGAUAUAUUGCUUAGCUCAACGGAAAAAGAAACUCAGGAGCUGUUGUCCCAUGUUCUUGAAGCACCUUCCCAAAAUGGAGAGAAGCUUACCCAUGAAAAUCAUGUUGUCACCUCCAAGAGUAAGAGAAAUUUGAAUCCUCAGUUUGAAGAGGUUGCUGUUGAUGCAGAUGGGCGUGGGUUGAAGGUUGCUAAGGUUAAUGGAGUUUGAUUGAAGGUGUGGAAUUGAGCUGCUGUGUGUAGGUGUAGGUGUCUUAUAUAGUUUAUCUAUAAGUAUUUAGGAAGGCUUGUGGUUCCAAAUACAUGGACAUGUAAUCAUGCUGGCUUGAUGGUAUUUUGAUUUGACUUUUUUGGAUUGUGUCCAACAAAUAGCAUUGUUAGAUAUAGGGGUUUUGCUUUUGUGAUUGCUCGUGUAAUGUGCCAAGUAUGUCUAUUCUGAACUCCUCCUUUUUGUAAUAGUGACUUUGCUAGGGAUUGGACACAUUUUCAAUGUU